CACUUGAUAAGCCAACCAGCUAUCCAUUUUCCAAGAGAAGAGAGAAGAAACAAAGCUUAAGCAAUAUCUCAAUAUCUACAUUUUCUUCUUGAGAAACAGCGAAGAUGGCUGCUACCUCCGGUGCAGUGCUUAAUGGGUUGGGAUCCUCCUUCCUUUGCGGAGGGAAGAGGAGCCACACCUUGUUGUCGGCCAGCGCCGGAGCCCGAGUAGGCGGCGCUGUCGGGCCUAAGAAGUUGAUUGUCAUGGCUGCUGCUCAAGCCAAGAAGUCUUGGGUCCCUGGCGUGAGGGGUGGUGGCAACUUCAUUGACCCCGAGUGGCUCGAUGGCUCGCUCCCAGGUGACUAUGGUUUUGACCCACUAGGGCUAGGGAAGGACCCAGCAUUCCUCAAAUGGUACAGAGAAGCGGAGCUCAUCCAUGGCAGGUGGGCAAUGGCUGCAGUUGUUGGAAUCUUUGUUGGGCAGGCAUGGAGCGGCAUCCCAUGGUUUGAGGCUGGAGCCGCCCCUGGCGCGGUUGCACCCUUCUCCUUCGGCACCCUCCUCGGCACCCAGCUCAUCCUAAUGGGUUGGGUUGAGAGCAAAAGAUGGGUAGACUUCUUCAACCCCGACUCGCAGUCCGUCGAAUGGGCCACGCCAUGGUCGAGGACCGCCGAAAACUUUGCCAACGCAACCGGUGAGCAAGGCUACCCGGGCGGCAAAUUCUUCGACCCGUUGGGGUUGGCCGGCGAGCUCAAGGACGGCGUUUACAUCCCCGACACGGAGAAGCUGGAGAGACUGAAGUUGGCUGAGAUCAAACAUGCUAGGCUCGCCAUGGUAGCUAUGCUCAUUUUCUACUUUGAGGCUGGGCAAGGGAAGACGCCUCUUGGUGCUCUUGGGUUGUGAGAAGUUCAAACUUUAAAUGUAGAUAAUUGAAUUAACCUCUGGUUUUAUUGAGCUCUGAGUUCCUCCAUGAAACUUCCAAUUUCUAUACUUCUUGGA